CCAUACUCUCCUCUCCUGUGACGCUGUAGCAGCCGAGCCGCUGCCGGUUCGCUCCCGUCCCUCUGCCCGGCUGGCUGCGUGCUGCACACCGUGUUAAACGGGAGACAUAUAGAUACAGCGAGGGCACAUAGGCGAAAAAAAACCAUUAGCGGAUCUGAACCUGAACUAUACGGACUGUGGAUUUAAGGAGAGGAACGACGGACAAUUUGAAGCCGUGACUGCUGCGACAGGGAGCCGCUCCAGCCUACUGUCCAGUUAACAAGGUCAGAGGUCAGUGAAGGCAGUGGUACCAGUUGGUGGAGAUGAUGUCCAUGCAAAUGAGUGAGGCGAACAGUGUGGUGAAGGUGGCGGAAUGGCAGCAGACCUACUACGCCUCAGACUCUGGAAUCCAAUCAGGAGCCACCACAGUCCUGGAUGAUGAGAGCAGCACUGAGUACAGCGGCCGUAAAAAGUACAAUGGUAGUACUACAACCAGUACUACCACUGCUUCUGCUACUGCCACCACUGGGAGAGAAGGAGACACCGCAGCUGGUGGAAUAGAGAGCCCCACGGAUUUAGACGCUCAGUACUCUCUAACCCGUGCUCAGCGCGUCAGGGCCGCCAUGUUCCCAGAGACCCUAGUGGAGGGGGAGGCAGCCAUGCCCGUCCAAUCAGAUCCUUCACAGCAAAGUAAUGUGCAACGACUUGCUGAGCCUUCCCAGCUGCUAAAGACGGCUAUAGUCCACCUGAUAAACUACCAGGACGAUGCCGAGCUGGCCACUAGGGCAGUACCAGAGCUCACCAAGCUGCUAGGAGACGAAGAUCCGGUUGUGGUGAACAAGGCAGCCAUGAUAGUCAACCAGCUGACACGUAAGGAGGCCAGUCGUCGGGUGCUGGUGCAGUCUUCGGCCAUGGUGAGCGCUGUGGUGCGCGCCAUGACAACUGCGGUUGACAUGGAGACAGCCCGUUGUGCGGCCAGCGUGCUGCACAGCCUGUCGCACCAGAGGGAGGGACUGCUGGCCAUAUUCAAGUCUGGAGGGAUACCUGCACUGGUGCGCAUGCUAAGUUCACCGGUGGAAUCAGUCUUAUUUUAUUCCAUCACCACCCUCCACAACCUGCUGCUGCACCAAGAGGGGGCCAAAAUGGCGGUGCGCCUUGCUGAUGGCCUGCAGAGGAUGGUUCCCUUGCUAAAAAAGAGCAACCCCAAGUUCCUGGCUAUCACCACUGACUGUCUGCAGCUCCUGUCAUAUGGCAACCAGGAGAGCAAGCUGAUCAUCCUAGCCAAUGGAGGCCCAGAGGGUCUGGUGUUCAUCACGAGGAACUACAACUACGAGAAGCUCCUGUGGACCACCAGUCGCGUUCUUAAAGUGCUCUCUGUCUGUCCCAGCAACAAGCCUGCGAUAGUAGAGGCUGGUGGUAUGCAGGCUUUGGGCCAACACCUUACAGGUUCUAGUCAGCGUCUGAUCCAGAACUGUCUAUGGACGCUCCGCAAUCUGUCAGAUGCUGCAACCAAACAAGAGGGAUUAGAUGGUCUGCUGCAGAUAUUGGUCACCCAGCUGGGCUCAGAUGACGUCAACAUGUUGACCUGUGCAACUGGCAUCCUGUCAAACCUCACCUGUAAUAACUCACGCAACAAGACUCUGGUGACUCAGUAUGGCGGUGUGGAGGCGUUGAUCCACGCCGUGCUUCGAGCUGGGGAAAAAGAGGAUGUUGCUGAGCCGGCAGUCUGUGCCCUGCGUCACCUCACUUCUCGCCACCAGGACGCCGAGCUGGCCCAGAAUGCUGUGCGGCUGCACUACGGUAUCCCAGCUGUCGUCAAGUUGCUGGGGCAGCCGCACUACUGGCCUGUAGUAAAGGCUACGGUUGGUCUGAUCCGGAACCUGGCGCUGUGCCCGGCCAAUCAGGCGCCACUGAGGGAGGCAGGUGCUAUUCCACGAUUGGUCAACCUGCUGCUGAAGGCUCAUCAGGACACACAAAGACACGCCUCCUCAGCACAGCAAACAUACCAGGAUGGUGUCCGCAUGGAGGAAAUAGUAGAGGGCUGCACAGGAGCGCUUCACAUUCUGGCGAGAGACCCCAUAAACAGAGGAGAGAUUGCUAGCAUGCAGACCAUUCCACUGUUUGUACAGCUGCUGUACUCGUACGUGGAGAACGUGAAGCGAGUAUCGGCGGGCGUCCUGUGCGAGCUGGCCCUGGACAAACAGUCUGCAGAGCUCAUCGAUGCAGAGGGAGCGUCAGCACCACUCAUGGAGCUGCUGCACUCCAACAACGAGGGAAUCGCCACGUACGCAGCAGCAGUGCUGUUCCGAAUUUCGGAAGACAAGAGUUCAGACUACAGGAAGAGAGUGUCAGUGGAGCUCACACACUCACUCUUCAAACAUGACCCUGCGGCCUGGGAAAUGGCCCAUGCAGUUCCUUUGGAGCCUACAUACCUAGCUGAUGAGAUAGAUGGCUCUUACCCUCCCUAUGGCUACGCUGAUCUGUCUCUGGACAGCCUGCCGCUAGAUCCUGACCUCCACGAGCCCUACAUCCCCGACAUGACCUAUGACCCAAGACAAGUCUACCCUGAACCUCUCUAACAGGAGAUUAAAACAGAAAUGCUGAAAGAAAACAAGAGCAUGAACAAAUCACAGGAAGAAAGACUGGAGGAAUGGAUGGAGGAAGAAGGAGAUUGGAGUUUUUAAUCACAAACGGAAUCAGCCCUUUCCAACGGGAGGGGAAAAAAAAAUUCCCAUUUGGCAAUCAAGAACUAUCAAAAGAGGUUGCUUAUUAAAAAGAGGUUUAUUGUUGCUGUAAAUGAAAUAUGUAACUUUGUUAUAAUGUUUUACUGUGGGGUGGAAGUGUGUGUGGGGGCGGGGGGUGUCUGAAGAUUUGAGACAUUGUUACACGGGUAACCUUUUGAAGCAAUCAAACUAGGCAAGAAUGCAUUACAGUUUGGGACGUGUGGAGCAAAUAUAGGAGGGGCUUAACCAAACUUAGCUGGUAAUGCUUACCAAAUGUUUUAGCAUUUUAUCUGUACAGGAGCUACUAGUUAGAGAGAAUUUGAAUUUGCUGAAAUAUUACGACAUCAAUGUUAAAGUGGGAUGUCAGUGAUGCAAUGCCUGUUGUAACAUUAGCUGUGACAUACAGAUAAUAUUUUUCUCACAUGUUGAUACCUCAUGGGAAACACCCAUAUUAGUCAGUAAGAAGUUCCAUUACAUUAUAGUUAACUAUAGCCCCCAGUUUAACCAAAUGUUUUAUUGACAUCACUAAAACACUCACUAUGAUAACUAUUCACAACUCUGAGAUUUUUUCUUGCAAAACCUGCAGCAUUUUACAGAAUAGAUUUUGUCCCUGAUUGGCAUUACUGCCUAUCACCAUUGCUACCAAAUGUUACCCAUGUAUCCCAGCCUUUGGCUGCUGUCUUUUAGAUGUCUCCACUGUGUAUUUGAUGGUGCACAUGUCCCAGGGUGUCCAUGUGUGGUUGUUGCAUGGUAGUAUCGUGUACUCAUGGAAAUAUUCUUUACCUUUACAUACUGAGAAAAAUAGAUAUCCGGGUUGUACAAGCCACUUUGGAUUACGCCGGCCAUUUGGAAAACCUCAGUGAGGAACAGGACUACAAAUCCCACCAUGUCACAGCCUCACUUUCAUCAAGUGGAUAUUCUGUUCAAAUGGCCAUAGGAAAUGGACUACAAAUCAUCUUGGCAUCUUCGGCAUCAGACUACACAGCCCAUCAUUUUUCAGUAAUACCCAGUUGGACCAACACCUCCACUGGAAAUGGACCGCAGCUCUUUGAUCAGUUUGUACACACCUUUGUGGGUGCCAUGUAGUACACUGCAGAGUAAAUUUACAACUUGCACCUUGCUUACACAAACAUUAUGACAUGGCUUUUGUACUACUGUGGGCGGAUCAUAGAAAUUUGUUGAUAACUGUAUGUCACUGGUCACUGUCAAUAGAGGAGUAGGGGGUGCAACCUCUAAUACAACAUAAUACGUGCUGCUGCUCACAGCAUGUGUUAAGAUUCAGUCAUUGAUUAGUAUGCAGCACCUUUUCUAUCUAACCAUCACAUCAUAUUGCAGUCUACAUGGUCUGCAUUUAAGUUGCUGCAGUUGGAAUGUGGACAUCAUGGCACCAGGGGGAAAUGUACUUGCACAGUACAAGGCUGCUGUUGUCGGUUGCAAUACGAACAACAACCGCGUUAGCCUGCAAUGUUAAGAAAGCACAACUACAAUGACUAAUCAACUGCUAAGGCAAUCUACCACAGCUAUACUGUUCCUGAAUCUGAACAUCAUUAAAUUUUGUUAUUUUCAACUG